AUGGAGAUCAGGGUAUUUUCUGAAUUGGUGAAUAAGAGUAGGGUGGCUGAGGAUUGUGUGAGGAAGGCGGCAGCAGAGAAAGGGAGUUUGAGGAUGCCUUUUCAGAGGCCUUCAGGGAGGAACUUUGCUCCGAGAGGUAGGAAUUUCAAAUGUGGAGGUUUUGUUUCACAGCAGACUCAGGGUCAAGGUAAUUACAGAAGGCCGAAUACCAAUGCUAGUCAAGGAAAAAGGUUUGGGAAGCAGCCACAGCAGGAUCUGAAUUGUCAGAAGUGUGGAAAAUAUCAUCUUGGAGUUCCGUGUAGAUUAGAACUUGGAGUGUGCUAUUCCUGUGGACAGCCCGGGCAUAUAGCCAGUAAUUGCCCUGAGAAGAAGAAGUAUGAGACUGGUAGGGUGCAACAGCCGGGGAGAGUAUACACUACUUCUACCAUUGGUGCUGAGGGAUCUGAGACACUGUGA